CAAGCGUUCCCCGCGCUCCAUCUGCUGCUCUUCUGCCACUCCACUACGGCCAUUAUUUUUGGUGAUCUUUUUUGUUGUUGUUCUUGUGCCUUUUUUUGUGUGUGUGUGUGAUUCGAGUGCGUGCAGCAUGUGGCGCUCUCUGCUGACCAUUGCCAGCCUGCUCCUGGCCGCCCCAGCCUCCACUCUGGCCGGACGCCUCAGCCAGCGGUAUCUGCCCAGCCCCCAGCCGCAGGCCUCGCAGCUCCACUACCACGGCGUCAGUGGACAAGGACAUGCACGCCCUGCAGCCGUACACGGGGCCGGUGCCGGUGCCGGGGCCGUUGCCCCCUCGGGCUAUCAGCGCCAGCAGCAGCAGCAGCCGCAGAUUCCCAUCGUAAGGAGCGACUACCAGAGCGAUGCCAAUGGCAACUACAACUUUGGCUUCGAUACGGGCAAUGGCAUUCAUCGCGAUGAGACCGGAGAGUUCCGUGGCGGAUGGCCCCAUGGCUCGCUGGGAGUGCGCGGCUCCUACUCCUACACCGGGGACGAUGGCCAGCAGUAUACGGUGAACUACAAGGCGGACAAGAACGGAUUCCAUGCCGAGGGCGCCCAUCUGCCCACAUCGCCGUCAGUUCCCGCUGCUCACGCUCAGGCUCCCGCCGGUGGCCCAGCUGGACGCGGUGCCGGCGGAUCUUCGUAUGGCGGCGCCUAUAGGGGAUCGGCCUCGUCGCAUGUCCAGGCACCGAACACGCGGUAUCUGCCGCCGGGCUAUCGUCAGCGUAGACACUACUAAAGGCACUGACAUCCGACACACGAUCCUUCACC